AUGGCAAUCAGUGAGCACACUAUCUUUGAGCGAAAGAUGGCAUUGGUAAAUGCCGAAAUCGAUAAGCUGGGGUUUGGCAAGUACCAGAUGUGCAUUUGGAUGCUGUGCGGCAUGGGGUACUUCAUCGACUUGGGCCUGGUGCAGGGUGUUGCUCUGAUGGCCACAGCUGUUUUCCAGGAAAUGAACGUGCCGUCCGAAAAGCAAGGCCUCAUCUACACCUGCUCAAAUGCAGGCCUAGCUGUUGGGGCAUUCGGAUUCGGUAUAAUCACAGACAUCAUCGGCCGCAAAUGGGCCUUCCAGCUGACAUGUCUCAUCACUGCGGUAUUCGCCAUGCUCAUGGCCGCAAGCCAGGACAACUACGGCGCGAUCUGCGGGAUCUACUUUCUCUCCUGUGUUGGCCUAGGAGGCAAUAUCCCCAUUGAUGCCACAAUUGCAUUGGAGUUUCUGCCGAAGAACCGGCGUUACCUGGUAGCGUUGUUGAAUAUGUGGCAGCCGAUUGGCGUCGUCGUCGCGUGCGCCAUCGCGUAUGGCACCGUCGCGAAGUACAGAUGUGCCGUGGACCUACCUGCGUGCAUGGCAGUCGCAGAGGGUGAGCUCUGCUGCACAAUGUCAAGCAAUAUGGGGUGGCGAUACUUGGUCAUUAUCAUCGGAGCCAUGGCUCUUGCUAUUUUCUCUGCGCGCUAUCUCCUCUUCAGCUUCUACGAGUCGCCAAAGUUCCUUAUCAGCCAGGGCCGAGACCAAAAUGCCAUCGAUGUACUACACAAGAUUGCCAAGUUCAACAAGGCUGAGGCCCCUGCAUUGACGGUCGAGGACUUGCGCCAGGUUGGAAUCGCUACGGGCUUCAGAGAGCAGCAGCAACAACAGACCGGCGAUGCUCGUUCACCGACAAACAUCGUCACGGACAUGAUCCGGAGGCUGGGCUUCCUGCGCGGUCUCUUCCUCAGCAAGCUUCAAUUGUUCAGCUUUAUUCUCCUUAGUCUUGCUUAUAUGGGCAACUACUGGUCCUUCACCCUGGCCGGGUACUUCCUCCCGAUUGUGCUGCUCAACAAUAACGUGGACAGCGGAGCCCACGAUGUCACUGAAACAUACCGCCAAUACGUAUACAUCUACCUUCCUGGUGUGCUAGGAGCGGUCGCUGCUCUGUUCUCUAUCCAAGUUCCAUUGUUUGGCCGAAAGUGGUCGCUCGUCAUCUCGGCCGCCCUACAGGGUCUGUCCAUGGCCAUGUACACCCAGGUUAAGACUACUGCGGGCUACGUGGGUCUGAAUGCGCUGGAGUAUAUAAUGCAAAGCUAUUUCAAUGCGGUGUUGUAUUCAGCUGCGCCUGAGAUGUUUGAUACGACCUACCGUGCCAGCGCAAGCGGUCUGCUAUCCUGUUUCGGUCGUAUUUCAGGCAUCGUCGCCCCUUUUGCUGGGCAGAAGUACAUAUCUGAAGGCGGGGCCGGCGUUCUUUGGCUUGGUGCUGGUGGUAUCUGGCUCGCUGCGUUUUUGCUGUGCUUCCUCCCGAUUGAGAUGAGGAACAAGCAGAUGAACUAAUUAUGCUGUAAUGGAGACUUCAGUAUGCAGAUGUCUGUUAUUUUAUAGUUACGGCGUUUAAUUACUUUACAAGCUGAGACUUGCG